CAGCAAGGAAACACACCCCAGGCAAACCAGAGGGCACCUCCCUCUGCACGGUUGCAUGGGGCCCCUUCCUGCAGGUGGGGAGAAGAGGAGCUGACAGCCACAAUGAAAGGACUGAGCCACCUGUUUCGUGUCAGGGAGGACACAGUGCAUGGAGAUGCAGCAGCCAACCAUAACAGCUUAUUGCCAAAUGAGAGAGAAUUUCAGCAUGCAGCUAAAAUGAACAAUUUGGAAACCAUGGAAAAGCUGUUUAAGAAGAAUCUUAAUAUAAACGCUGUGGAUACUUUGAAGCGCACUGCACUGCAUUUUGCUGUUGCAGGAAGUCAUACGUCUGCAGUGGAUUUUCUGCUCCAUCACAAAGCUAGAGUUGAUAUGGCAGAUCAGCAUGGCCUGACAGUGAUCCAUCUUGCAGCUUGGACUGGAAGUCUAGAUAUAAUGAAGAAAUUAGUUAAAGCUGGCGCUGAUCAAAGAGCUAAGAAUGAGGAAGAAAUGAAUGCACUGCACUUUGCAGCACAGAACAACAGUGUUAAAAUAAUUGAUUAUUUUCUCCAAGACCUUCAUCUGACUGACUUGAACAAGCCUGAUCGGAAAGGCAGAAAGCCAUUUCUUCUAGCAGCAGAAAGAGGCCAUGCUGACAUGAUAAAUAAUCUGAUAGCCCUAAAUCUGUUCACGACUGAAAAAGAUAAGGUAGUGGUUUCUUUAUUUGCUUUAUUUCUUUAUUUGGUGGGACAUUACUUCGUUUUGAUAUAGUUAACUACACAACUAAGCGAUGUGAACAAGAUGUGCCAUGGUGCUGACAGUGAUAUAUAUUGGACCGACAACAGUUGACGGUUUUUCAGUAAUUAAGGAAGGAAAAUGGAACUUCUGGCCUUGUUGCUGGGUAUCUUUUUCAUAUACAUCAAUAAUUCCUGCAAAGCAAGGCUGAUGGAAGAAGAGGGGCAGUCUGGGCUGGAGGUGCCACACUCUGCACUGGCAGAUUAAGUUCUCCAGUUCUUGCUGCUCUGCUCAGCUGCACCGCUGCAGAAUCCCACAUGACUAACAUUAAGGGUCUUGGAAUAUUUCAGUAGAUAAGCUCUGAUGGGGAUUUUUCAGAAAUGCCUGAAUCUGACUGAAUUUGCUUUUGGCACUACAUUUUAAGGUGGCUUGGCUAACUACCUUUAAAUUUCCUUACUCCUUACACUGUUAUCUGUGGAAUAAGCAUGUUAGCAUUUCUCUGCCUCUGUGACAUUGCUAGGGUAAAAACAUGUUGUAGUCCCCAUCCUUGUAGGAACCAAAGCCCAAAGUUU